UGCAGUUCUCAAUUGCUUGUAAUUGUCGGUGCUAAUUAUAUUUUAAGUGUAAUAAUUGGUCGUUUAGUGUAUACGACUUUUUGUAUAAAGCAGUUAGUUAUAUCGUUUAUUUGAGCUGGAUGAAAUGGUGAGGUGAAAGAAUGAUGUGGCUAGCCUUCAAAUGAGCAGGUGAAAUUGGGGCUUCGAUUAUUCUACAGUUAAGUCUCGUACGUCGAACGGAUCGUGCAACUAAAUCAAGCCCGCGUGUUCCGCUGCUCUUCUUCGUUAUGUGCAGAGCGAUAUUACAAUGGUAGCGUUUUCGUGCGUCAGAAUGCCCAACAGGGCCGUUCUUCGGCAACUGCAGUACCGCCACAGGUCGCAGAUCGCCUUCGCGGAAAGCAUCACCGAGGCGAAACCAUACUCCGAAGUGCCCGGACCCAAACCCAUUCCGAUCUUAGGGAAUACCUGGAGAUUGCUUCCGAUUAUCGGGCAGUAUCAGGUAUCCGACGUGGCAAAGCUUUCAGGUAUUUUCUAUCAGGAAUACGGGAAGAUCGUGAAAUUGAGCGGGCUCGUGGGCCGGCCGGAUCUGCUCUUCGUCUACGAUGCGGAUGAAAUCGAGAAGGUUUACAGGCAGGAGGGACCGACGCCCUUCAGGCCCUCAAUGCCGUGUCUGGUCAAGUACAAGGGCGAAGUCAGGAAAGACUUUUUCGGUGAUUUACCUGGCGUCGUCGGAGUGCACGGUGAACCUUGGAGGGAAUUCCGUACCAAAGUGCAGAAACCGCUGCUGCAGUUGCAGACCGUGAAGAAGUACAUCGAGCCAAUCGAAGAAGUCACCGAGUUCUUCAUCCAGAGAAUGAUGGAGAUGCGCGAUAGAAACGAGGAAAUGCCCGAUGACUUCGACAACGAAAUACACAAGUGGUCGCUGGAAUGCAUCGGAAGAGUAUCGCUGGACGUGAGGCUUGGCUGCUUGGAUCCGAAUCUGCGUAGCGAUUCAGAACCCCUGAAGAUCAUUAACGCGGCAAAGUUUGCACUCAGGAACAUCGCCAUCCUCGAAUUGAAAUUCCCAUUCUGGAGGUACUUCCCAACGACGAUCUGGACUAAAUACGUAAAGAACAUGGACUACUUCGUCGAGAUUUGUAUGAAAUAUAUCAACGAAGCCUUGGAUAGACUGAAAACGAAGAACACGACGUGCGAGAAGGAUUUGUCACUGAUCGAAAGAAUCCUGAAGAGUGAGCCGAAUCCGAAGACGGCCGCAAUUUUAGCUUUAGAUUUAAUCCUCGUUGGCAUAGACACAAUUUCCAUGGCCGUUUGUUCCAUCCUGUAUCAAUUAGCAACGAGGCCGGAGGAGCAGCAGAAGCUGUACGAAGAGCUCAAACGGGUUUUACCGGAUCCAAAUGUCAAAUUGACCGCCGCGCACUUGGAUGAGAUGGUCUACUUAAAGUGCUUCGUUAAAGAAGUGUUCAGGGUUUAUUCAACUGUUAUAGGGAACGGAAGAACGUUACAGAAUGACACGGUGAUUCAGGGUUAUCAUAUACCGAAAGGAGUUCAAGUUGUAUUUCCGACUCUGAUUACCGGAAGCAUGGAAGAGUACGUUUCCAAGGCAGACGUUUUCAAUCCGGAGAGAUGGAUGAAGAGGAAAGAGAAUGAGCAGAAGCUGCAUCCGUUCGCCUCGUUGCCCUACGGAUACGGAGCGAGGAUGUGCUUGGGCAGACGUUUCGCCGAUUUAGAGAUACAAAUUCUCCUGGCCAAAGUGAGUUUUAAUGCAAGUUUUUCAGUGGUGAAAUAUUAUAAACAAUUGCAAUUUCAGCUAAUUCGAUCUUACAAGUUGGAGUUUCACCACGAUCCGCUGGAGUACAAAGUUACGUUCAUGUAUGCGCCCGACGGAGAUUUGAAAUUCAAAGUUACCAAACGCAACGAUUAAUUGCUUGUAUUAUUAUUAUUUAUGUUUUGUAAAUAUUUGUUACGCCAAAAAAAAUGUAUUAUUAUUACUUUAUAUUCUUUCCAGUAAACAAGCAUCAAUUUAGAAUGUUACAAUUAUGAUGAAUAAAAUUAUUGUAC